AUGGACAUAUCAGUCAAAAAAGCCAAGUUUGAUGGCCCACAAGAAAAAUUCAACACAUACGUGACCCUCAAAGUUCAGAAUGUAAAGAGCACGACAAUUGCAGUGCGAGGGAAUCUUCCUUGCUGGGAACAAGAUUUCAUGUUUGAGAUUAAUCGACUAGACCUCGGUUUGACAGUGGAAGUGUGGAACAAGGGUCUUAUCUGGGACACCAUGGUGGGCACGGUUUGGAUCCCCUUAAGCACAAUCCGCCAAUCAAACGAGGAUGGCCCAGGAGAGUGGCUGACUCUUGAUUCUCAUGUCAUCAUGACAGACGAUGAGAUCUCUGGGACCAAAGACCCCACUUUCCACCGUAUCCUCUUGGACACCCGCUUUGAACUCCCACUCGAUAUUCCUGAAGAAGAGGCACGGUAUUGGGUCAAGGAGCUGGAGCGGCUGAAUGCUAUGCGAGACCAAGAUGAUGUAAGUAUGUGUGAAUGACAAGAGAAGCCGCUUCCAGUCCCCGGCUCACAGUGCUGCAACUGGAAUUAUUUUGGCUGGGGAGAUCAACAAAAUGAUGACCCUGACAGCACCGUGGAUGACCGGGACAGUGACUACCGCAGUGAGACCAGCAACAGCAUCCCACCCCCUUACUAUACAACCUCCCAGCCCAAUGCUUCGGUCCACCAGUACCCCAUACGCCAUCAACAGCGAGUAUCCCGAGACUCCUAUACAAAUUCUAUGCAGGGUUAUGAGAUGGACUAUUCUAACCAUCAGCCAAUCAGCCCCACUGGGAGCAGCCGCUACGCCUCCUCAGCUGAGCUGAGCCAGGGUAGUUCGCAGCUGAGUGACGAAUUUGAUCCUGAUGACGUCAGCCUGGAUGAGCGGGACGGCGACUCCUACCACUCUUGCCACAGCUCUGUAAGUUAUCACAAGGAUUCCCCGCACUGGGACGAAGAAGAGGAUGACUUGUACCUGGAGGAGGAUGAGUUCAAUGAAGAGUACAGUGAGAAUGAAGAGUACUACCCUGAGGGCAAGGCGGCCGACACUGAUCAUGAGUCCUACCCCAAGGAGGCUUUUGUGCAGCAGCAAGAGCCACAGCCGAAGACCCCACAGGUCCAGCCAGCCACGCCAUUUGCCCUGUCCCAGCAGAAGCCACCCCAGCAGGCCCAACAGCAGCUCCAGCAGAAGCCGCCCCAGCAGGCCCAACAGCAGCUCCAGCAGAAGCCGCCCCAGCAGGCCCAACAGCAGCUCCAGCAGAAGCCGCCCCAACAGGCCCAACAGCAGCUCCAGCAGAAGCCACCCCAGCAGGCCCAAGCCCAACCGCCGCCACAGAAACCACCGCAACAGGCCCAGCCAGUGCCGCAAGUGCAGCAGAGGCAGCAGCAGCCAUUGCAGCAAAAAAUGCCUCCUCAGGGGCAGCAGAAGCAGCAGUCCCAGCAGCCACAACCGCCACAGAAGCCACAGCUGCCACCUGUGCAGCAGAAGCAGCCACAGCUGCAGCAGCAGGCGCCACCGAGGUUGCAACAGCAGGUCCAGAAAGAGGAGAAGGUGGACGAGGUUCCAACUGUCCUUCAGGAGGAGCAACCAGCAGCAGAGCCCCCGGUUGUGAAGGAGACCCCCCAGGAAGAGGCCCCCAAGACAGAAGAGAAGGUGAAGGAGAAAGUUGAAGUGGUAGACCCCAAAGCACGAGCAAAAGCCAACUGGUUACGGGCAUUCAACAAAGUCUGCAUGCAACUCCAAGAGGCUCGAGGUGAAGGCUCUGGAGAAUCCAAAUCCCUCUGGUUUAAAGGCGGGCCUGGUGGCGGGUUGAUCAUAAUUGAUAGUAUGCCUGACAUUCGCAAAAGAAAACCCAUACCCCUAGUUAGCGAUUUGGCUAUGUCCUUAGUCCAGUCCAGGAAAGCUGGUAUUACGUCAGCACUUGCAUCAAGCACUUUAAACAAUGAAGAGCUAAAAAACCAUGUUUACAAGAAGACCCUCCAAGCCUUAAUCUAUCCUAUCUCUUGCACAACCCCCCAUAAUUUUGAGGUGUGGACUGCCACCACUCCCACCUAUUGUUAUGAGUGUGAGGGCCUGCUCUGGGGCAUUGCACGCCAAGGAAUGCGGUGUACCGAGUGUGGAGUGAAAUGCCAUGAAAAGUGCCAAGACCUGCUUAACGCCGACUGCUUGCAAAGGGCAGCAGAAAAAAGUUCUAAACAUGGGGCAGAAGAUCGCACACAGAACAUUAUUAUGGUGCUGAAAGACCGUAUGAAGAUCCGAGAGCGGAAUAAACCAGAAAUCUUUGAGUUAAUCCAGGAGAUCUUUGCAGUCUCCAAGACCACCCAUACCCAGCAGAUGAAGGCAGUCAAGCAGAGCGUUCUGGAUGGCACUUCAAAGUGGUCGGCCAAGAUCAGCAUCACAGUUGUUUGUGCACAAGGCCUGCAGGCCAAGGAUAAAACGGGCUCCAGUGACCCCUAUGUAACCGUCCAGGUUGGAAAGACCAAAAAGAGAACAAAGACCAUUUAUGGAAAUUUGAACCCCGUCUGGGAGGAAAACUUCCACUUUGAAUGUCAUAACUCCUCCGAUCGAAUUAAGGUUCGGGUAUGGGAUGAAGAUGAUGACAUCAAGUCUAGGGUAAAACAGCGCUUCAAGAGAGAAUCUGAUGACUUCCUGGGUCAGACAAUCAUUGAAGUGCGGACACUGAGUGGAGAAAUGGAUGUCUGGUACAACCUGGAUAAGCGAACAGAUAAGUCAGCUGUAUCCGGAGCUAUCCGACUGCACAUUAGUGUGGAGAUCAAAGGAGAGGAGAAAGUGGCACCUUACCAUGUGCAGUACACCUGCCUUCAUGAAAACCUAUUCCAUUUUGUGACGGAUAUCCAAAACAAUGGUGUUGUUAAAAUCCCAGAUGCAAAGGGGGACGAUGCUUGGAAAGUAUAUUUUGACGAAACUGCCCAGGAGAUUGUGGAUGAGUUUGCUAUGAGAUACGGAGUGGAGUCCAUCUAUCAGGCUAUGACGCACUUUGCCUGCCUUUCCUCAAAAUAUAUGUGCCCAGGGGUGCCUGCUGUAAUGAGUACUUUAUUGGCCAACAUUAAUGCUUAUUAUGCGCAUACUACUGCCUCCACCAAUGUCUCUGCCUCUGACCGUUUUGCCGCUUCCAAUUUCGGGAAAGAACGGUUUGUCAAACUGCUGGACCAGCUACACAAUUCCCUGAGGAUCGAUCUCUCAAUGUAUCGGAAUAAUUUCCCUGCCAGCAGUCCUGAAAGACUGCAGGACCUUAAAUCAACAGUGGACCUCUUGACCAGCAUCACUUUCUUUCGGAUGAAGGUCCAAGAGCUCCAGAGUCCACCACGAGCCAGUCAGGUGGUGAAGGAUUGUGUGAAGGCCUGCCUCAAUUCAACUUAUGAAUACAUCUUCAACAACUGCCAUGAACUCUAUAGUCGUGAAUACCAAACUGACCCUACCAAGAAGGGUGAAGUGCCACCAGAGGAACAGGGUCCCAGCAUCAAGAAUCUAGACUUUUGGUCCAAACUUAUAACCUUGAUAGUAUCAAUCAUUGAAGAAGAUAAGAACUCAUACACACCUUGCCUCAACCAAUUCCCUCAAGAGCUGAAUGUCGGGAAGAUCAGCGCAGAGGUUAUGUGGAACCUUUUUGCUCAGGACAUGAAGUAUGCAAUGGAAGAGCAUGACAAACAUCGGCUAUGCAAGAGUGCUGACUAUAUGAACCUGCACUUUAAGGUGAAAUGGUUGUACAAUGAAUAUGUCACAGAUCUUCCUUCCUUCACGAGUCGGGUUCCUGAAUACCCAGCAUGGUUUGAACCUUUUGUUAUCCAAUGGCUGGAUGAGAACGAGGAAGUGUCACGAGAUUUCUUGCAUGGAGCAUUAGAACGAGACAAGAAAGAUGGGUUCCAACAAACUUCAGAACAUGCCCUCUUCUCCUGUUCUGUGGUUGAUGUCUUCUCCCAACUCAACCAAAGCUUUGAGAUUAUCAAGAAGUUGGAGUGCCCUGAUCCACAGAUUGUAGGCCAUUACAUGCGCAGGUUUGCCAAGACCAUUAGCAAUGUCUUGCUGCAGUAUGCUGAGAUCAUCUCUAAAGGCUUUGCUUCCUACUGCUCCAAGGAGAAGGAAAAAGUGCCUUGUAUCCUGAUGAACAACAUACAGCAGUUGCGUGUCCAGCUGGAGAAGAUGUUUGAAGCUAUGGGGGGGAAAGAGUUGGACACAGAAGCCAGUGAUAUCCUCAAGGAACUUCAGGUGAAGCUCAACAAUGUCUUGGAUGAGCUAAGCCGAAUAUUUGCAACCAGUUUUCAGCCACACAUAGAGGACUGUGUGAAGCAGAUGGGAGACAUCCUGAGCCAAGUGAAAGGCACCGGGAACGUGCCUGCCAGUGCCUGCAGCAGUGUGGCUCAGGAUGCUGACAACGUCUUACAGCCUAUUAUGGACCUCCUGGAUAGCAACUUGACUCUGUUUGCCAAAAUUUGUGAGAAGACUGUCCUGAAACGAGUGCUGAAGGAACUCUGGAAACUUGUCAUGAAUACAAUGGAGAAGACAAUUGUACUUCCUCCACUAACUGACCAGACGAUGAUUGGAACCCUCUUAAGAAAGCAUGGGAAGGGGACUGAGAAGACUAGGGUGAAGCUCCCCAGUCACACUGAAGGUACGCAGAUGAUCUUCAAUGCAGCCAAGGAAUUAGGGCAGCUUUCAAAACUGAAGGAUCACAUGGUACGUGAGGAAGCUAAGAGUUUGACACCCAAACAGUGUGCUGUGGUGGAACUUGCUCUGGAUACCAUCAAGCAAUACUUCCAUGCAGGAGGAGUUGGUCUCAAAAAAACCUUCUUGGAGAAAAGCCCAGAUCUGCAAUCCCUGCGCUACGCCCUCUCGCUCUACACACAAGCCACAGACUUGCUCAUCAAAACCUUUGUCCAGACGCAGUCCACUCAGGGCUCUGGAGUAGACGAUCCUGUGGGAGAAGUCUCCGUCCAUGUUGAGUUUUUCACCCAUCCUGGCACCAGUGAACACAAAGUAACAGUCAAAGUGGUGGCUGCCAAUGAUCUCAAGUGGCAAACAUCGGGCAUCUUCCGGCCUUUCAUUGAAGUCAACAUUAUUGGGCCGCAUCUCAGUGACAAGAAAAGGAAAUUUGCUACCAAGUCGAAGAACAAUAGCUGGUCCCCCAAAUACAAUGAGAGCAUCCAGUUCACCCUCGGCACUGAGACAGGCCCAGAGUGCUACGAGCUGCAAGUCUGCGUCAAAGACUACUGCUUUGCACGGGAAGACCGGACAGUGGGCAUCGCCAUCCUGCAGUUGAAGGACAUCGUGCAGCGGGGCAGCUGUGCCUGCUGGCUGCCGCUGGGCCGGCGCAUCCACAUGGAUGACACGGGCCUGACGGUGCUGCGCAUCCUUUCGCAGAGAAACAAUGACGAGGUGGCCAAGGAGUUUGUCAAAUUGAAGUCAGAUACGCGCUCAGCCGAGGAGGGCAGCAGUAGCUAA